AUGCAAAAAAAAAAUAAUUUGAGUUACCCAAAAAUUUGUGACAAGUAUGAAAAAGCCGGAGAUGAUUGGCUACAAUCAUUUUUAUCACGUCACACUGACAUUACGCUCAGGACUACAGAGGCAACAUCGGUUGCGAGAGCAAAAGGAUUCAAUAGACAUGAUGUCAGACGUUUCUAUGAAAAUCUUGAAUCUUUGAUUGAUAAACACAAUAUUGAUGCAUCUAGAUUUUAUAAUAUGGACGAAACCGGUAUUUCGACGACAUCAAACAAACCCCCUAGAGUACUAUCAAUAAAAGGAAAGAAACAGGUGGGCAUAAUUGCAAGUGCGGAGCGAGGUCAAUUAACGACUGUCAUCGGGUGUUGUAAUGCCGCUGGAUCAUUUCUACCACCCUUCCUGAUUUUCGCCAGAAAGAAGAUGCAACCCAGACUUCUUGACGGUGCGCCUCCCGGGACUCAAGGUACUUGCACGCCAAGUGGUUGGACUUCAGGUGAGGUAUUUCUUGAUUGGAUGCAUUUCUUCGUAGAAUAUGUACGACCUAGCGCCGACAAAACUCUUGGACAACCAUGA